CCCAAGCUCCAAACGACCUCAAAGAAGAGGAGGAGAGGAGCAAGCAAGUCGAAGAGGCUCGAUCGGAUCGAAGGGGAAAGAGAUGGAGGGGAACGGGCAGAUCCACCACCACCAGGAGCAGAAGGUGAUCAUCGACACAGACCCCGGCAUCGAUGACAGCGUGGCGAUUAUGAUGGCGUUCCAGUCACCGGGCGUGCAAGUUCUAGGACUGACCACCAUUUUCGGCAACUGCACCACGGAGUGCGCAACCCGCAAUGCCUUGAUUCUGUGUGAGAAGGCAGGCCAUCCUGAGGUUCCAGUAGCAGAGGGCAGCCCUGAACCUCUCAAGGGAGGAAAGCCGCAUGUUGCCGACUUUGUUCACGGAUCCGAUGGCCUUGGGAACAUAGACCUUCCUGAUCCCACUAGCAAGAAAGUUGAGCAAAGUGCUGCCGAGUUCUUGGUUGAUAAGGUCUCACAGUUUCCUGGAGAGGUCUCUGUCCUCGCCUUGGGCCCUCUGACGAACGUAGCAUUGGCCAUCAAGAGGGAUUCCUCUUUUGUGAGCAAGGUUAAGAGAAUAGUUGUGCUGGGUGGAGCUUUCUUUUCAGCUGGAAAUGCCACCCCUUCAGCUGAAGCAAACAUCCACAGCGACCCAGAAGCAGCCGAUAUAGUUUUCACUUCUGGGGCAGACAUCUACGUGGUUGGCCUGAACAUCACAACGCAAGUCAGUUUCACAGAUGAUGAUCUCUUGGAGCUGAGGAACUCGAAAGGGAAGCAUGCGCAGUUCCUGUGCGACAUCUGCAAGUUCUACAGAGACUGGCAUGUCAAGUCUUACGGUGUUCCUGUGGUUUUCCUCCAUGAUCCGGUGAGCUUUGCCGCGCUAGUUCAUCCGGAGUACUUCACGUUCAAGAAGGGCGUGGUGAGGGUGGAGACCCAGGGCAUCUGCACCGGGCAUACUUCCAUGGACAUGCUACUGAAGAAGUGGAAUUCAGAGAACCCGUGGACUGGCUACUCGCCGAUUUCGGUUGCGUGGACGGUCGAUGUGCCUAAGGUCGUUGCGUUUGUCAAGGAGCUCGUCACCAAAGAGUGACGAAAUUAACAUCUCAGCAACGCAUUCUCGCACCCUGAUCCUGAUUUGAGAUGUAGAGAUUUAUCGACAUUCAAUGUACUGGAAACACUAUAUGUCAAUCAUUGGUUCUUAUGGACUGCAAAUUAUUUUGAAACAUGGCGACUUAUGCGCUAAGCUCACGUUUCUUACUGAAGAGUACUGAAGCUGUCUGGACUCUGGA